GAAGCCAAGGUUAGAUUAGAAGUGACGAAGUGACAUCUUUAUAUUUUUGUAUCUGUUCUAUUUAUAUCUAAAAGAAGAUUGUUGUACAGCAAUGAGUGAUGUUAAGGAAACGUCGUGUAGGCUUUGCCUUAAAAAUAUAACCGAUGAAAAUUUUGAAGUGGUAGACAACAUUAUCAGAGACAUGCUAGAUGUUCUUUUGCUGAAAUUGAAAUUUGAUAACGAGAAGAGAGAGGUUAUAUGUAAAGUAUGUAGAAGAAAGUUAAGUAUGGCGUCAGAAUUUAAAUCAACAUGUAUGAAUACUGAUAAGGCAAUUAUUCCUUAUGUGGAUAGCGAAAAAAUGUUACAGCUCGACCUAAGAGAAGUGUACACGCAGGAAAAGAAAAGGGAGUUAGUUGAUAUUUCUUGCACUCGGAAAAUAUGUCGACUGUGUAUGCACCCAGUAGAAAGUGAGGUUAGGUGCAUACGUGAAGAGGAACUUGAAGCUAUUGAGAAAUUGGCUCCUGAAAUGAAUAUAAAUAUCAUCAAAGAUCCCGUUGUUUGUAAGCCAUGCUUCGAUUCUCUGUGUACCCAUAACAGUUUCCUUAAAGAUUGUUCAGAGUUAGAAGAAAAAAUUAAAAGUAACUUUGAUAGUUCAGCCACAGGAAGUCAAAUAGAUACGUCUUCACUUGAUAUAUUCGUUAAGACUGAAAACCUGGAUGAGGCAUUUGAUAUUAACGAUAUGGAAAUGUCCAUCAAAGCUGAAUAUGUGGACAUAAAAUCGGAAGUUGAGGAAAGGAGCAACACGCCACCGGAGAGCUCCAAUAUUGUACCAUUCGAGGAGAGUGACUGUAAAGAUGAAGAAGAGGAUGGAUGUAAACAUGAGAAUGGAUCAGAAAUGAAAACAAAGCAAGAGCACAAAGUAUUGUACAGAUGUGAUAAAUGUAUCUACGAAACUGAAAGUGAGAUCCAUUUUUCGGCACACUCUGUGAGACACGAGAACAAUUUGGAGGUAUAUAAACGCGAAUCUUGGGAGUAUAAACCUAAAAGUAAGAAAUUACUUCGGAUGCACCCGUUUAGGCAUAAAGAUCCGUCGCAGGUUCAAAUGUACAAGUGUAAAGACUGCGAUUUCGAAACUAAAUACAAAGGUAAUAUGAAACAGCACCAAGUGAAGCAUAAAGAUCCUUCACAGGUUCAAAUGUACUGGUGUAAUGAUUGCGGUUAUGAAACUAAAUUCAAGAGUGUUGUCAAAAAGCACCAAUUGAAACAUAAACAUCCGUCACAGGUUCAAAUGUACAGGUGUAACGACUGCGAUUACAAAACUAGAUAUAAGUAUUAUAUCAAACAGCACCAACUGAAACAUAAAGAGCCCGAGCCCUCGCAGGUUCAAAUGUACAGGUGUAACGACUGCGAUUACGAAACUAGAUAUAAGUAUUAUAUCAAACAGCAUCAACUGAAACACAAAGAUCCCUCACUGGUUGAAAUGUACAGGUGUAAAAACUGCGAUUACGAAACUAUAUACAAGAAGAGUAUCAAAGAGCACCAAGUGCAACAUGAAGAGACGUCGCAGGUUCAAAUCAACACGCCAUCGCAGAGCACCGAUAUUGUACCAUUCGAGGAGAGUGACUGUAAAGAUGAAGAAGAGGAUGGAUGUAAACAUGAGAAUGGAUCAGAAGUGAACACAAAGCAGGAGUCAAAAGUAUUGUACAAAUGUGAUAAAUGUAUUUAUGAAACUGAAAGUCAGAUGCGUUUUUUGUCACACUCUGCGAGACACGAGAACAAUUUGGACGCAUAUAAAUGUGAAUCCUGUGAGUAUAAACCUAAAAGUAAGAAAUUACUUCAGAUGCACCUGUUGAGGCAUAAAGAUCCGUCGCAGGUUAAAAUGCACAGGUUAUUUAUGGUAGUUAAUAGUGAAAAGAAAAGCUUAUAA